UGACACGCUUUUAAAGAUGCGGUCGUAUAGUGAAGUCGAUAGUGGGUCACGUGAUGAGUACGCGAUCGAUACAUCGAAACGACGAUUGUACAAGACGCGAGAUUCCAACGCGAGAGGUCAAACGUCGUAGAAGAAAAUCGAAAGAUCGACGAACUUUCGAACGAGUGACGAAGAAAUCGCUUGGUAAGGAGCGCACUUCCGGGUCCUCAAGGCGCAUGUACACAAAUAUGGCGGCGUCUUCGUGGAGGACGGUGGUGAGUGUACGCGACGUGGGGUUUGGCGGGGUUUGUCGGAUCGAUAGCGCGCAUGAGAGUGCGCGAACACCUACGUCGGUGAUCGUCGCAACCUGGCCGCCACCGUGAGUAGAGUAUCCGGCGAGUAUUCCCCGAUGUCAAUAGCGUACGUGCGUCCGAGUGACGAGCACCGAUGCCGGUAGCUCGUCAACGAGAUUCAAGUCGGUUGUGUGUGUCAAUUUCGCGCGUUUCUUCGUUUAAAUACCGGUCAGUUUUCUAUAUUUGGAUCGUGCUUCGAUUGAAAGCCGAACCUGUUCGCCGCGAGUGACUUUGAUGUAUAAGGUUAUGUUCACGGUGGUUACGCGCGGAAGUUUCGCGGAAGCCGGUAUGGAGUCUCGUUGAGAGAGAGUGAUAUGUCCGUGAUGUCACGAGGCUCGCCCUGGUGCUGGGACGCACCAGGGACGAGAAAAUCUAUGCUUUUUCUAACCAUCGCCAUCCUUUUCGGCUUGUUGUCGCGAGGCGUCGUCGGCGAGAAAAAUAAAAAAUAUCACAUAAGCGACGUGUGCAAGAAGAAUUACAUGCGAGAUCUGUACAGGAAGAUAGACGGGGCGGUUCUGCAGUCGCAGCUCGAGAAGGACCUCGACUGCACCAUCACCUUCCAAACGCACAGCAUCCUUCAGCGGUUCAUGCUCCGUUUCGACCAUCUCCAAUUGGACUGCAACGACCACCUUUACAUCUACGAUGGUGCGCACGCGGUCAGCAGUUACAAGGCAGACCUGUCCUGCCAGAACACGAAGCAGACCGUGGGCGCGAUUUAUACGCGCACGAACUUCGUGACACUGAAAUACGUCACCGACUCGUGGGGCACCCUCUCGAACGGCUUCCGCCUCGUUAUCACCGCCGUCAAGGAUCCGAAGCACACUUGCAAGGACUUCCGGUGCACCCAGAACGAAUUUUGCAUCGAGAGGGACCUCCUUUGUGACGGCGUGAAUCACUGCGGCGACGAGUCCGACGAGGCUACCUCCACCCUCUGUGCCAACUCGGAGGCAUCGACGAUCCUGGGCAUGCAGACGAUCUGGUUCGUGAUCGGGCUGGUGUUUCUGAUCCUGAGCGUGGCAGGCCUGGUCACGGCGGCGGUCCUCUGCUUCUGCAGGCAGCGUGCAGCAACCCCUAGGCACCCCCACAACGCGCACAACGCCCAGACACAUCCUCCGGUCAGCUUCCCAUAUGUACGGAUCGAACGGGGCAAGCGCAGGGCUGCCGAUGGGCAUGACCACGUUGAAGUCGGGGGGCGCGCUGGGAUCACUGGGGACCUACGGCUCGGCCCUCGGAUCGGGGGUAACCGGUGCCACGACCCUGCCGCGGCCGGGAAACUGGCUGCGCCCUGCGGGCCUCAGGCACGGGCACAGCGCGGCCCGGGUCCGCCUCUACUGCCAGGCAAAGUGAGGAGCCACGGUUCCGACAGCGACAUCUCCUCCAGCCAAAAAGACGAAUGGUUUGUGUAGAGGCAGGCCUGGACCAGAGCCCGCAGGGUGAACCGGUGCGGUGGUGCCCUCACCGCCCCCUCCCGCCCCACGGGGACGUGGACCCCGUUCCUAUCCACAUCGGUCGCGUGUUACCGGCCAACAUCAUCACCUGGCCAACGUGUUGGCGUGCCACGCAACUCACCAACCGCGGAUCGGCCAAGUUUCGACCGGCGCUGCUGCGUGUCCAACCCGGCCGACGACGAGGCGCGUGUGCCUCCCUCGCCUGGAUCG